AUGCAAUCAGUCUGCCGAGCGGUGGCCCAGCGCUUCGGAUGGGACGGCAGUCCAGUGCCUUGCGCCCUCGACGCGUCGCAGAUCUGCCGCCUGCGGCGACCCGCACCGCCGGCGGCAAACCCAGAGCUGGGCGACCACUCAGAGGCUGAGGGCCUCUACCGCUCAGCCCUGGCGGUGCGGGCCAGCGCCCUUGGGCCAGAGGAUCCAGAUGUUGCUGUAACCGCCCACAACCUGGGGGUCUGCCUGGCCGCCACCGGCCAGCACGCGGAGGCGCUCGUGUUCCACAAGCAGGCGCUGUUUGUGCGCGAGGCGGCGGCGGCAGCAGCGGCGGCGGCAGGCGGCGGCGGCGGCGCGGCGGCGCGCGGCGAGGUGCUCGCGUCGCACAAGGCGGCCGCGGCGUGCCUGCGGCGGCUCGGGUGCGAGGGCCAGGCGGAGCCGCACCUGUCCGCGCUGCUCGACGCCGCGCGCGGCCGCGCAGACGGGGACGCGGUUGCAGGCAGCAGCGGCGGCGGCGGCGGCGUCCGCCGGCGGCGGGACGCGCUGUUGGAGCUGUCCGCUGCGGCGGAGGACUUCGCGCGCUGCCUCGCGGCGCAGGGCGCGCACGCGCGCGCUGAGGAUGCGCUGUGGGAGGCGCUGGAGGCGCGGCGGGAGGCGCUGGGCGCGCAGCACCCGAGCGUGAGGCUGCUGGAGGAUAAAAUAACCAGCUGCCUCGAGGCGCUGCAGUGA